CUUUGUUCCGAUUCGCCGGUCUUGGAAGUGGAACUGUGGCAGUGACGAGCGAGAAGAGAAGAGAAGAGAAGAGAAGUUCUGAUCUUUAGGAUAUUCAAGAAGCAUGGCAGGAGCUGUUGGAACAUCGAUGCUAGGGUCUCUUCUUGUGUUUACAGUGAUCCUCUCGCUUCAAGAAAUUUACAGAGGGAAAUUAGCUUCUUCAGAGCUGUUCACGAUCCUUGGAGGAUUUACAAGCUCUCUCCUCUUUUUGUUUUCUCUCACUUUCAUUGGAAAUUUUCAGGAAUCUUCUGGCAUCAAGAGUGGUUGGGGUGCAGUCAUUCUUGCAGAAAUCAUAGCUCUUAUUGCUGCUAGCACGGUUCAUCGGGUUUGUAUCACAACCUGUUUCUUGUUCUCUGCUGGGCUAUUGUACGAGGUGAACAAGAUCUCUGGAUACAUGCUAUCCAAAACCGAGUCCAAAUCUAAGAGAUACUGAACCAGAAAAUGGAAUUGGUGAGGACAUGUUAUUAUGGACUUAGAUUUCCAACUUCAUGAACUGAGAUUUUUAGAAACUUUAAUCCAAAAUCCGCAUCUUAUACUUGAUGUGAGAAGUAGGUCUGUUUCUCUUGCAGCUUAUAAUUAUAAAGAGAUCGUCUUUUU